AUGAUGUUUCCACAGGCACAGUCGCAUGGGAAUGUCCUUACGUUCACACCGCCUGGAUUCAAGCAAUCUUUGAAUGUCAAGUUUCCAGACAGUCGGUUACCGGUCUGCGAAAAGUGCAAGAAGAACUUUAAAACUAGGGAUAUGUGUCGUGUUCGCAACGGACAUACAGCGGCACCUUGGACAACUGCUUUUAUCUGCAUGACUCUGGACGAUUCUUGCACCGAUGCUCAUGGAAAGUAUGUAGACAAGCCCUUUACUGUCCGCAUGGUUCCAUGGCAACCUUACUGCGUGAAGGAACCCUUUGACCCUAAAACACCCGUCUGUGCUGGGUGCAAACGAACCAACCGAACGCGAUCAUUCUGUCGGGAACGGCAUCGACAUCGACAACUGCCUUGGUGCACAGUCUAUUGUGUAUUGAGUGCAGUCGACACGGUAGACGCCAAUACCAUAGUUGCUGCACCUAGUAGGCCGGUGGAAGAGUCAUCCAAAAGUGAAAAUGAUAAGGAUAGCCCAGUUAAAGAGGACGAAUCCAAGGAGGCAUCUUCGCCCGCCAAUGGAGAAACUGAGUCGAAAUCUGAUUCUACCAAGGAAGGGGACGAGAACACUAAGCCUGCCGAAAAGGGAUCAUCAGGGGAAGGUGAUGAUAUCCACCAAAUUCCAGACAGCAGGACUUUCUUGGCAAAAGUAUCUUGCAAGUCAAUCUCGAUACACUGGCUAGAACUUGCAGAAUCUGACGGAACUGACGUAGGGGUCAUUCCUAACAUGCACCAACAUGUGGAUCCGAACGCAUAUGCCAUGGGCCCAGGGGGGCCUGGCAUGCCAAUGCCACCAGAUCCAAAUCAUCCGCCAUACUACCACCAUCCAAACAUGUAUGCUCAGCAGCAUCCACAUUCAUUAAAGAAUCAACAACAGUACUUCUUUCCGAUGCAACGACACCCAUCACCGUAUGCAACUUCGUGGCCACCGCACCAUUACCAACAACACCCACACAUACUGCAUGGACAACAACUUGCUUCGCCACCCGGUGCACCUCCGCCGCCACCACCUCCUCAAGGUGAAGGAUCGUCGCCACCAUUAGUUACGGCUGGUGAAGCCGCAGCUCAGCAACUCAAGAGGAACAGGGAAGAUGAUCGCGGGCAAAGCCCAAUGCAUCAUCCACCUCCAGGGCAUCCUCACGGACCACCACCUGGACCUCAUGGCCAACAACAGCAGUGGAUGUUGUACCAACAAAUGUACCAGUCCGCUUUACCGCCCAUGUCACACGCAUCGGCCUAUCCACCGCAAAUUGGACGACACAUGCCUCCACCUGAAGGAGGUCCACCCAUGAUGCAUCCACCAGACAAUCCAUACAACAGGCCGCAAUCACCACCAAACGGCAAAGAACACGAAGCAGAUCCCAAGCGCCAGCGGCUCGGCUAA